GGUUGGCCUGGCCCGAGGGAACGUAGGCUCGGCGCAGUCGAGUGGCUUUGGCCGAGUAUGAGCGGCGUUUUCGCGUUUGUCGCUCGAGUUCCAUUCACGAAAACGACCUGUUCGAACAACCACCCCCUCGUGUGCCUGUCGGAGGAAGGGUUAAGGCGUGCUUGAGCCACUUGUGUCGGGUUGAAGUCGGGUUAAACGCGAGAAAUCGAGAGACAAGAAGAUCGAACGGCGGAUACAGGCGUGUCUCUUCCGUACGGUUGCUCGAUUUCACGUACCUCGACUGUCAGUAAGGGUACCUGGAAGAGGAUAAGGGGUAGCAGAGCCUGGAAUAGUUCAUUUUGGGUUAACGUACUACCGAUUGAUAUUUUUCUUUUCUUCUGUAAAUCGCUGAUCGUUUUCUUCGAGUGGAAAGGAGAAAGAGAUGCUGUAGCGUGAACACCGUGGUAAACGGGUCGUUAUUACGCGUGUAUGGUGGAUUAUGCGUGAUCGUAGAAACGAGGAAGUGAGGUAAAAGUGUUUUUUCGGGGCAAAAGCGGGCCGGCGAGCGAGGGGGCUCCGGGACUCGAGCAACAGGAAAAUAUCAGCUCGAUGCCGGAGGCGUCAGGGUCAGAAGUGGCCGAUGAGUCGGAUUAUUCGAUUUUCGAGAAUAAGACCGGCUUGGCCGAGGACAUGAAGUUUCUGGCUAGUAUGCCGGAACUAUGCGACGUGACCUUCCUCGUCGGUGAAACAAAAGAGCCCAUUUGCGCUGUGAAGGCUGUUUUAGCAGCCAGAAGUAGGGUGUUUCAAAAGAUGUUUUACCAAGCACCCAGUCCACAGCGUAAAAAGGAACCACCGCCGAAGGAAAACAAGAUCCGACUAUUCCUGAAAAGAAGCUCGGAGCCACUGCUGAAUCUGCAAAACGCGGCGCAACAGCGGUCAGGGUUCGCGCAGCAGUUGGCUCCCAUACAAGAGCCGAAUCAACAUCAGACCGUAAUCAUCGAAGAAUUCGAGCCCGACGUGUUUCGUCAGCUGAUCGAGUACAUUCAUACUGGAUGUGUGACGUUACAACCUAGAACUUUAUUAGGAUUGAUGAAUGCCGCCGAUUAUUAUGGAUUAGAACAACUGAGAAAAGCUUGCACUGGAUUCGUACAAUGUUGUAUAACAGUGGACACUGUGUGCGCUUUAUUAGCGUCGGCAGAACGAUACAUUCAGUACAAGUGUACGAAAUCCUUGGUCCAUAAGGUAUUCGAAUUCGUCGACGAACAUGGCAACGAAGUGUUGAAUUUAGGAUCCUUCACGCUACUUCCCCAACAUGUGGUUCGCUUGAUCCUGGCAAGAGAAGAGUUACGAGCCGAUGAAUUCACCAAGUUUCAAGCGGCCUUGAUGUGGAGUAAGAAGUAUUGCGACAGCAAUCAGAAUCAAGAUCUGAAAGACGUGAUUGGCAAUUUCCUCGAGUACAUUCAGUUCCAUAAGAUCCCUGCGAACGUGCUAAUGAGAGAAGUUCAUCCUCUGGACUUGGUGCCUUCGAGGAUCAUAGUGAACGCGUUGGCCUAUCAGGCAGACCCGGCAAGCGUCGAUCCCGGACACCUGUCCCCCCACAGAGUAAAGCACCAGGACCGUAGUUUGUCGGUGCAGUCAUCUCUACAGGACCAAUUCGGCAGCAACACAUCGCUAAGCUCGACUGGGUCUGACGAGGGGUCCGACGAGAAGCAGCAUUCAGGUAAAUACGGCAUAGCAGAGCAGGAGAUAAGGGAGCAGGAACGAUGGCCGAAGCAUCGCUCUUCCGAAGAGGAGGAUAUACAGCGGUUGAUCGAGCAACGCAGUCAGUAUCAAUCGAUGAGGCAAGAGGAUACGCUGCAACGACAGCACGAUGAACAGCUGAUCAGGAAGCAGGAGGAGGAGCUAAGGAGACAGGAGAUGCAGGAAGAGUUCGAGAGGAGGCAGAAAGAACUGCAGAAGAAGAAGAAGCAGGAGGAGGAGUUGAAAAAGCAAAAAGAGCAGGAGAAGCUGAAGAAGCAGCAGGAACAGGAGGAGCCGAAGAAGGAGGGAAAGCAGGAACAGAAGGGAUUGAAGAGAGAACAGGAAGAAGAGUUGAAGAAGACAGUAAAAGAAGUCGAGGAUGUGACGAAGAAGCAAAAAGAGGAAGAGAUUAAUCGACAGAGUCUAGAAGAAAAGAAGCAGGAGGAAGAAUUGAAGAAGCAGGAGGAAUUUAAAAAGGAGGAGGCUUCGAAGGAAGGAAAACGAGAAGCAGAUUUGGAGAAGAAGCAAGAAGAGGAGAAGGAGAAGAAGGAACAGCUGCUGGAAGUUCAGAAAGAAGAUGAAGAGAAGCAGAAACAUCGAGAGGAUAAACAAGAAUUACGACAACCGGAAGAAUCGCAGAGCGAAGGAAAGAUUGAAGAAGAAAAAGAAUCAAAGGAACCAAGCCUAUCGAAUCAGGAAAAAUCACAGCAACAAUUGGAAGAAGAGGAAAGAAUAAGAAGGGAGCAGGAAUUACUAAAGCAGCAGAAGGAAAAGGAACAACGAAGAAUUCGCGAGGAUAGAAAACUGCAACUACAGUUGCAGGAACUGAAAACUCAAUGGGCAUCGGAGGAAUUAACGAUAUACAAGCAGGAAGAAGCCUUGCAACGACAGAUAGAGAAUCUGAGAUACGAGGAGCAAUGGGAGAGUCGACAAUUCCAGCAGAUGCAGUUGUAUUUGGAAGGUCGGAAGCCUGAGGCGGAAAAGAAACCAGAAAGGCGGCAAACAACGGAACGAAAGAAGGCGGAAAAGAGGAAAGACGAAAGAGUAGAGAUUAGGGUACACGGGGCGGAAUCCCCUAAACAGGAAGACCCUGCCGUGACUGGUUUCUACAUAAAGUUAGUGGUGAGGCAGGAAGGCAGGGCGAAUUUGGUUUGGUUGUUCAAAACGCACAAAUUUUAAAUGGUUCUCGUUUCUCGUUAUCCUCUACUCUGGUUUUAUACACUGUUGACAUUUUAUAUAAUAAUUAACAAAUUAAUUUUCUCGCUGGAAGAGAAUCGUUUCAGAGUAUGACUAUUCCUAUUGUUUGAGUUGUCUCGCCAGAAAUUUCUAUAUGACGAAUCGUUGUGUUUUGCGAGGAACAUUCUUAGUACAUUAAUGUUUUUUAUCGUUGGAACCGUAUACAGGUAUUUAUGAUAAACGCGGAGACGUUCACUCAUGGUGGUUGUUAAUAAAACCGAAUCUCCAUCUACAGUCAGUCAGUAAAAAAUCCACCUCUGUAAAUGAUUGUAGACGAGGUACGUGCUCAUUAAAGUGAUUUAAUAGGUCAUACUAUACUACUACGAUAAUCGUACGAUUAUUUUAAGGAUACUCUUAAUUUGCGUAGUCUGUGGGUUGUAAUUGAACGCGAAGAGUUAUUUCGGUAACACACUGCUCAAGAUGAUUAGAAAAUUGCGUACACGAAUCUAUUUAUUCCUAACGAAAUUUGAUUAUUUUCCAUGCUAAGUACACGGUAUCCUUUUACAUUUUCAACGAUUGAUUUAUUCGAAAAAAUUAUUCAAGGAACCGGUAAUUCUCCGAUUGCUUCGAGCAGUAUAUCAGCAUCAAAACGCAAAAUGUUAUCGAUACUGAUUUUGAGAGUGUUAUUUUACAACUGACAUCUUAACGACUACUUAUAUACGAUAAUUUACACGCGUUGCCUGCCUGUGAAUUCCCAACCAUUUCUUCGAUCUAAUCAUUAUCAAUUAUAUGGUGUCACGCGACGACGGAGAACACGACUUUCGUCGACAUCAAUCAAUUCUCGCUUUCCCAUUAAACCACUACUUCAUGAUACUAUACUUAUUGCUCCGUCGACUUUUCUACUAUUCUCGUAUUAUUAUUAUGGCGAUCUACUAUCGCAGAUCGAAAAGGUCUACCCGAUUUUUUACCAAGCAUCUCGAACAUUCAUUCGAUCACUGCACGAAGAAGAGGAAGUAGAAGAUCUGUACCGUUUAUUAUGAAAGAGAUUUUAACGUUCGUACGAAAUGAAAAAUAAAGUAUGCACAGUACUAGUAUGAGCAGCUAAUGAGAAAAUUAAGAAGUAUCUAUGUAGACGUUAUUGUUGAACUCUUUUACAAGGAAAAGACUACAAAUUAUAUACAUAUACAUAUAUAUAUAAACACAAGAGAAUAUAUAUACACGAUAUCUAUAUUUGACACUAUAUUAAAAAAAAAAAAAGAAAAACAAUUGAUAUCGCUUAUGGGCGAGGUGUUCGAGAGCUGUGGUCGACGACUUGACAAUGAUAAAUCAUUUCAUAAAUUGUUACUAGAAUCUUACAAUUAGUUCUAUGUUUCGGACUUUUAAAAUGAAUGUUUGAAAUGUGAAAAUGAACGUUUCUAAAAAUGAAUCUUGACAAUGAUGUACCUUCGAACGAAAAUCGACGUUGUUUCGAUGAAAAUUGUCGAAUUUUAUUUGCCACGAUCUCUUAUUUUUCUACUUCAACAUUUUCAUACGACUUACUUACUUACUGUACCCUGAAUAAUAUAAUUUCGCUCGCAUGGAAAUGUAAUUCUGCUGUUACGUUACAGCCGCUUUUUAUCACGAUUACGAUUGACAAUGAUAAAAGUGCAGUACGGUUAAUAUACAACAAUUUUACACGGGUGUGAAGCUGUAUAAUCGUGCUGCUGACUCGCAUCCACUUGCGUGCUUGCAACGAAAAAUUGUUUAUGAAACUGUGAAUACACAAAGUAGUAGUAAGUAAUGUUUAACGUGCAACAGGAGGAAAAGUGUUUUCGACGGUAAUUUCGAAUCGUUCAAUUCGGCUAAAUAUUUAUAACGCGCUUUUAAUCUCGAAAGCAUUGCUGAUUUAAUAUUUUCUAUUCCAUUGCCACGCUAUCAUAACUUUUUAUAUUUUAUACAACAAUCAGUGAUUGUGCUUUUCUUCGGUUCUCGAAAUUCUUUAUAAUUUCGAUUAUAGAAAGUAGUAAUAAGAAAUACGAUAAAAUAACAAAUUUCCAAUUGAAUUUGCCAAAAAUUUGUCAGAGCAAACAAAUAGCGCUACGAUAAAGAGGAUUAUUCGAUUUCUUGCUGUCAACAUUCUUCUUCCUAACUGCCGCACCUAAGCUAAUUGUUUAAGCAGCGGAGACGAAGCGGACUAUCAUCUAUUAAACGUUGUUGAUCGAUGUAAUACUCAGCAUUGGUACAAAGCAGAACGACGGAUCGCUUGAUUCGCCAAACGCUAAACCCUUCGUUCAUGCAGACGGAAAAUGAAACUAUUUAAAUCUCGACGUAAGUUGAUUUAUAUCGUAUAAAAAUUUACGCCGAGUUAGUUGCUACCAACUCGUGAAACGAUGCGCAAUUUGUUCGUAUAUUGAAUCAAGCAAACAAACGGUGUACCUAUGUAAAUUGUAUAAUAUUGUGAUUACCAUUCGUAUUCUCUAUAUUAUCGCGAAAUUUCUUCGAAUAAGUAAUUUAUUAAUUAUCGUAUCAUUUUCCAAGAGUUUCUCAGAAUUGAAACGUUCUAUCACAUGUUAAUUUAUCGCGAAUUAAUAUCAUCCAAGAUUCCUUCAUCUUACUCUUUGUGUAUUUGAACAGUGGCAAACGAAUCGUUCGAUACUUCGACAAUUCUUUGUUAUUUAGAUUUAUAACGACAGUAUUAAAAUACCUCGUAUCGAUGAUACAAGAUCAUUCGAAGAGGAUUUUGACGAUACUCUCACACUGUAUGUAUCGUGUACAGUUUACUGGAACGAUUUGGCACGAGCGCGAUGAUCAUGCUUAAAAUCAUCACUGAAAAGAUACGAAGCAAAACGAGGAUCUUGUGUUAACAAUAAUAAAAGAUCUAAUUGUUGAUCUGUGUGAAAACUUCACGCAAUUUCCUGCAACCACUAGAACGCAACGAUCGAAGACGAAUUUUAAGUUUAGUCAUCGAAGAGGAAGUCUACUACUAAAAAUAUAAUGAUUUCAAGAAACUUGAAACCUCGCAAGUAUUACCUUUUCGUUUAAUACUUCAAACUACUUGGAAUCGAAGAACAACAUGGCUGAAGCAUCGUUGUGAUCAUGAGCUUUCCACGAAUCUUUUUCAUAAUCGUGUCAGACAGUCGUGUAUCGUAAUAUCGCAUAAUUAUUAGACAAAUCUACAGAAAUAAGGAGAAGGAAAAUACUGCAUCGAUUUCGUCGUUCUCCUUUCGUACAGCGUUGACAAUACUUUAAUCGUAAAAAACAUAUGUUCCCUAUCUCAGGCUAAACGUAAAAUGAUAAAAGUACAUAUAUAGAAUUAUAAUAAAAUAAUAGAAAAUCGUAAUCUAUAAGUGUACUACUGCUUUGCCCAAAAAGGUUGUGAUUCACUGGGUUUUGUUUCACUUAGGAAACAUUUUCACGAGUAAGUAACAUUUUCUCCAUUCACAGACUUCGAAUUAACUAAAUAUUAGUUAUUUUCUUUGUAUCGAUACGAUUACUACAUCAUUCUAAAUUUUUUAAUCCUCCACUCAAAUUAUUCUGUACAUUCUGAAAUAGUUUAUAUACACUUCGUUCGAGACUGAUUUCACGAUUAACUUCUCCCCAAUUUACAUCGUUUAUUCAUUUUCCUACGAAAAACUUGUCUUUAUCUCAGACGAUGAAAUUGAUUUUUCAACAGAAAGUAUUCUACGAAUUAUCAAACACACUUUGUACAAAUCACAAAAAUGACAAACACACUGAAACAACAGAAAAGAUCGACAAACGUAUAAAAUAUUGUUGUUUAUUCGACACGAUGAAAUCUUAUUUCUGCCAAUAGCUGUAAGAAGAAAACUGUUCGAUAGAACUGUACAAAGCUCAGUGGUAUUUCAAUGAUGAACAGGUGUGGAGGAAAUUGCACGUUGUCGAUGAUAAUCGCAUAAAAAAGGAGAACAACGGAACCGGGCAUCAAACCGUGAAGCUAAAUCGCAGCCGUCACUGUCGGAGAAUUGUAUUUUAUUAUCGUCACGUUGUACGCGGCUCAGUUGCAUAAGUGUCAAGAGUAUAUUUAUGAAUGUGGUGUAGUCUACUUAAUCUGUGUAUCGUUGUCUGUCCGUGCGCAUCGUUACUUCUGCUGUUUUGUACGUAAGGUGUGCGUAAAAAAAUAACAAAAAAUUAAUUAAUAAACAAUGAUAUGUCGUUGAGUAGCCUAAGGGCGUUAACUACCCGUUACAGUGUUACCAUCGAUCCCACCGAGAUUCACUCGAUCCGAUCGAGACAGCUAUCUUCUCAAUUUUUGUUUCCAUCGUUCCCUUCAAAAUUUUAAUCCAAAUAAUCCAUUAUUUUUUGACGUGCGAGGAAGAUCUGAAUUUUUCUACAGGGUAGAUUAUAAUUACAUUUAUGACAAAUUUCAAGCAACUUUUGUCGAAUUUUCUUUCCAUUCUUACAACUUUCUGCUACAUUCUUGUUAUAAGCGAAGAAACGUUGCGAUUCGAUCGAUGAGUUUAACGGUGAUCGGUGCAAUUCUAUCUAAAGUUCGAUCUCUAUCAUGUUGUGAUAUUCUGUAGCCAAAUGAGUUGAAAUAAAGGGAGAAGAGCGUGAUGUCAAGGAAUAA